AGCUCAAAUUGGUCAAUUUCGGGAAUUCGUUGAUAAACCCUAAAAUCUUUUUGGUCAAACUAGGGUUUGAGAAUUCGUUAAACUUUGUUUGAUCGUUUGAGUUUGUCUUUGCUUCUCGGUGAAAAGAUCGCAUUCGAAUUUGGAAUUUGGGUUUCGCCGAGAUUUUCAAUCGGUCUUUUUCCGAAUUCUAAUGCGCUCGUGUGGUUUUCAUGAAAAUCACUUGAAUUUUAGUGGUUUUGAUGCUUAUAUCACUUAUCUGGAGCUUUAACCUACUCGAUAUUCGGAUUAAUGUUGUGUUUUUACUAUCUCUAGGUCAAAGCUCUGGAUUUCCGUUGGCCUUCUUAACUACAGUGUGCUGAACUAUUGAGGCCAAGGAAAAGCUUGUGGAAAUAAUGAUUUAACACCAAGUUCAGUAUGUGGGUGCCUUGGAUCUAAUUGUGUCUGCUGGUACUAGCUAUUCUCAUCGAUUCAUUACUCAGUUUCAUUUGGCUUAUGACAAGUCACUGCUUCAGAGGUAAUUGAUUUGGGCACGGAAACAAAUUGUUGAGGGAGAAAACUUGAUAGUUAUGAGUUGUUACCACUAGGUUUGAGUAAUGGCAGGAAAUGCUAGAUUCGAGUUAACUUUGGGUAGUCCGGAAUCGAGUCUUGUGGGCAACUAUCCAAAUGGACAGAGGGGGAAUUAUCCUGGUCCCAGUUUGGAUAGGUCUGGAAGCUUCCGAGAGGUUGGCGAGAGCCGGAUAUUUGGUUCUGGGACUGGUGCGUCUCGGGGAAGUGGCUCACUGACAGGGGAUUUACCCCCAUUGUCACAGUAUCUGAUGCUGGAUCCAAUUAUGAUGGGUGAUCAAAAAUAUACACGGGCAGGUGAGUUAAGGCGGGUUCUUGGAUUUUCUAUUGGGAGUGCUCCGGAAGACAAUUCUUUUGGAGCUGCUCACUCUAAGCCUCCCCCUCCAGUAGCUAUGGAUGACCUAAAGCGUUAUAAAGCAAGUGUUAUGGAUGCCUGCAUCAAGGCUAGGGGUAGAUCAAAAAAAUUGGAUGAAUACUUGGAUAAAUUGAACAAGUAUUUGGGAGCUAUAAACCCCAAGAAGCAGCGGGAUGAGUUAUUAACAAAUGAAAGAACAGGUGGGCCGAACUUGAAGAUGGGAAGCCAGAUUCGUCGAAACCCUCCCGACCUUGUGACUCCGAGAUUGGAGGAUCGUGCUAAAAAUGUUGGUGUGAAUAAGCGUGUACGCACAUCAUUGGCAGAAUCACGGCCAGAUUGCCGGAGUAAUGGACCACCAAGGCAGCUUGUAGCCAUGGCAAAAGAUCGUGACAUACUUAAGGAUAGUGGUACAGGUUCUGAUCUGGUUGAAAAGAAGAUUCGCAGAUUGCCUGCUGGAGGGGAAGGGUGGGACCAAAAAUUGAAGAGGAAAAGUUCAGUAGGUACAGUUUUUACAAGAAAUAUAGAUAGCGAUGGCGAAUUCAAACGAGCUAUGCAUCAUAAGCUUAGCAAUGAUCCUGAAUUGCAAUCUUGUGAUGUGCACAGUUUCAGGUUAGGAUCUUCUAAUGCAACUGGCAUUAACAAGUCGGAUGUUGCUUCCUCGCCUGCUAGUCCCAUUGCCCGUCCAACUUCCAAGAAUGAACAAGAAAAGACUUCUCAUCCAAGGGAUCUCACAGCUGGAGUAAAUAAGGAAAGAUCUCUAGCAAAAGGAAGCAUUAAGUCAAGUAUUCGUGAGGACAAUCAUGUGGCCUGUCCUAGUAUAGUGACAAAAGGAAAAGCUUCGAGGACACCACGAACUGGUUCUGCUGUAGUGGCAGCAAACUCAUCUUCUAAUAUUCCUCAUGUAUCUGGAGCACUUGAGAGCUGGGAACAGCCUCUGAAUGUAAACAAAAUUCAUUCAGUUGGUGGGGCUAACAGUCGCAAGCGUGCUAUGGCCUCAGGAUCAUCUUCUCCACCAAUGGCUCAAUGGGGUGGUCGGAGACCACAGAAACUUUCUCGCACGAGGAGAGUUAAUCUGGUGUCUCCUGUCUCAAACAUUGAUGAAAUGCAGAUACCAUCUGACGGGUGUUCCCCUUCUGAUUUUGGUUCUAGAACUUCUUCUGGCGGAAUCAGCGGUUCACUGUUUUCCAGGGGCAUGGCUAAUGGCACCCAGCAGUUUAAAGUGAAACAUGAAAAUGCUUCAUCUCCAGCCGGAUUAUCGGAAAGUGAAAAAUCUGGUUCUGGUGAGAACAGAUUGAAGGAGAAAGGUGUUGGUAAUGGUGAAGUGGAGGAAAAAGCUGUAAAUGCUGUUAAGAAUGUUGGGUCUUCUGUGAUGAUUACGAAGAAGAAUAAAUUACUUACUAAGGAAGAAAUUGGUGAUGGUGUGCAGAGACAAGGGCGGAGUGGAAGGGGCUCUUUGUUUUCUAGGGCUAGCAUUUCACCAAUUAGGGAAAAGUUAGAGAAUGCAGGCGCAACAAAGCCACUUCGAAGUUCAAGGCCUGGUUCUGAUAAGAAUGGAAGUAAGUCUGGCCGUCCUUUGAAGAAACUGUUGGAUCGAAAAGCCUUUUCUCGUCUUGGGCAUACGCCAAUUAGUAGUUCCCCAGAUUUGACUGCAGAAUCAGAUGAUGAUCGUGAAGAACUCUUAGCAGCUGCAAAUUGCGCGUGUAAUUCUAGUUAUCUUGGUAAUAGUCCUUUCUGGAAGAAAAUGGAACCAAUCUUUGCUGCUCUCAGCUUAGAAGAUAUAUCUUACUUAUCACAACAGCUGAAAUUUGCAGAGGAACUUCAGGAAAGCCUAUCUCAGAUGUUUGGCCAUGGCAAUGAUAUUUUGGGUGAUCUGCAUGGAGAAACAUCUGCAUUUGACACUCUUGUUGCUGGAGAAAGAGAUAGAAACCUGCAAAACCAAGUCAAUUCAACAAAGUCUGCUAGGACGGUGCAGUUGGUUGAUCAAUAUCACGGCUUUGAUACUUUAUGUGGAAGAUUAGAUUCAGCAAAAAGAUUUAACAAAGUUACUCCACUGUACCAAAGAGUAUUAUCAGCUCUGAUUGCAGAUGAUGAAAUUGAAGAUUUUGAAGGUAAUGACUUGGGGAGAGAUGCACCACUCCAUUGUGAUGCAGAUGCUUCGCCUGAUGAUGUAUGUCUCCCUAUUGAUCCGGAACAUAAAAAGAGGGACAUAACGGGAUUUGAUUGUGAGUCGGUGAUUGAUGUUCAAGUUCGGAAAGAAUUUACUGCAAACAGACUUUUUUCUUGCAAUGGGAGUACUAAUUGUAAUGAAAGCCUGCAAAUCCAGAAUAUUCCAUGUAAUGACAAAUUGUUGAAUGGAGAUGGUGGAUUUGUGCAUUCAGAGGUCGGGAUGUUGGUUGGGCUUUCUAGAAAUGAUCUGGAUGGGCCACAAAAUACAAAAACAGACGAUUUCAGUAUUCCUUCCUUUGAUUGCAAAUAUGAGCAAAUGUGUCUAGAUGACAAAGUCUUGCUGGAGCUGCAGAGUAUUGGCUUAUAUCCAGAGACAGUGCCUGAUUUAGAUGACAGAGAGGAUGAAAUGGUUAAUCAAGAAAUUAUUCAGCUGAAGAAUGAACUUUACCUACAGAUUGGCAAAAAGAAGGGCUGCUUAGACCAAAUAAAUAAUGCUAUUCAGAGAGUGAGGGAGAUUGAAAGACGGGACCUUGAGCAGGUUGCGAUGAAUAAACUUGUUGAGUUGGCCUACAAAAAGCUUUUGGCCACCCGAGGAAGUAUUGCUUCUAAACUUGGUGUUGCUAAGGUUUCAAAACAAGUUGCCUUAGCUUUUGCAAAGAGGACUCUUGCAAGAUGUCAAAAAUUUGAAGAUUCAGGAACAAGUUGCUUCAGUGAGCCAGCGCUUCGAACUUUAAUUCUUGAUGCACCUCAUCGGGGUAAUGACGCAGAACCUUUGAUUAGUGUUGGUGCAGCAGAUAGUAAUAAUAAGCAUCUGGAAUCUCAUAACGCCCGGCCAGACGCCAUGGCAUCAGGAUCCUUUCCUAGUGCUGCUGAGUGGCACGAUCUUCAUAAUAAGAUUGAUAGAGGUUCAUUAGAUGGGUUUGAAACUUUUGCCCAUCACUCUGAUCAGGCUUUUGUCAGAAAUGGACCAACAUCAAACAGAGGGAAGAAGAAAGAAGUAUUGCUUGAUGAUGUUGGUGGCAUUGCUGCCUUGAGAGCCACAUCGACCCUCGAUAGCACUCUUCCAGGUGGAACAAAGGGAAGGAGAAGCGAGAGAGAGAGGGACAAAGAUCAAUUAACCAGAAAUGCUGUUGGAAAAGCCGGCCGUCUAUUGCCGGGUAAUGUUAAGGGUGAGCGCAAAACAAAAACAAAGCCCAAGCAGAAGACCGCUCAGCUGUCAACAUCAGGAAGUGGAUUCAUCAGCAAAUCGACAGAAACAACACAUCCUGUGUAUCCAUCAGCUGGUGUUACUGGGGAAUUGGUCAUGAACACUAGCAACAGAAGAAAGGAGGUGCGGCUGAUGUCCUCUGGUAACAAUCCUCAGAAUUCAUCAAAGGAGAUCAAGGAACAAAUGGACCUUCCAAAUAUGCAGUUGCACGAACUAGACCCACUAGAGGAUUUAGGCGUGAGUUCUGACCUUGGUGCGCCUCAAGAUUUCAACACUUGGUUUAACUUUGAUGAGGACGGUUUACAAGACCAUGACUCAAUGGGCCUUGAAAUACCUAUGGAUGACCUUUCAGAGUUGAAUAUGUUCUGAAGAUGGCAGUGCAUUUGUACAUUAUUUUGGUUUAAUUGACUCUUAGAUGAGAGUGAUUGUUGUUUGGGGGGGCGGGGGGUGUGGAAACAGCUAUCUUAAGAUCUCUCUCAGGCCAAUUGGCACUUGUAAUUAUGACCAUUCUUUUGCAUACCUUUUUUUUUGUUUUUUUUUUUUUUUUUUUUAAUCAAUGUCAUUAAGCAGUCUUCUCUCU